AUGGACACGACACCCUCUCCUCCCCUCGAUCGCGCUGGUUCGCCCGAGCCAUGGGCGGUCCCCUCACUCGCACUGGGCUCAGUGCCCAUGCUCGACCGCUCUGUAUCAACCGCGUCUUCAGUAUCAUCAAUCUCGGGGCGCUCAGCAAGCUCCAGGCUCUCUGAUGGCGGCCGUGGGAGACGGGGCUACAUGCGUCCGGAAGGCACUCAGUUCUCCAAGUCGGCGAAGAACAGGGAAAGCGUGCAAAACCUGGGCACCAUUGCGCAUCUGCAGUACUACUUCGCCCGCACCGGUCUGUUGGACACGGCAACGGGGCGCGUCGCGAAGGGACGAAAGGCCGGGUCGCGCACUUCGAGCGGCAACGAACCCCCACUAUCGCCAAUGGAGGGCGACAUGUCUGUGUUGUCAUUUCCCUCGCCGGAUGGCACCAUGGAGCAUCUUGGCGAGGGCUUCGUUGAGUCACCUCUUGACGAGACUGCCUCGCUUAGCUGGGAGGAUAACGAGCCAAUGAUGCUGCCCCCCACCGUCAGUACCUACAAGAACAACCCUGUCUACCUGCCCCCGCCGCCCGACAUGACGGUCCUGCGCCGGGAACUACGCGAGUCCCUGGCCGAAGCCAUGAAGCACCUGCGUGAGCUGGAGAAGGGCUUUGGUGCCGAGCAAAAGGUCGACGUCGACCAGUCCAGCUGGUUUGAGAUCCAAGGCCUCAACCUACUCGAUGUCACUACCCUUGCCAUCAGGGCAGCGAAGAACUAUUACACUGCACACGAGGAGCCGCAAAGACUCUACUCCCUCAAGUCGGAACGAACCAUCCGGAAGGAACUCUACGAAGUACUCGAGGUCCUGAAACGCCUUGCCAUCCGCAACUUUGCCAACGGAGUACAACCCUACGAGACGAUUUCAAUCAAGCAGUGGGUUGUCGAUAUCGGCAAGCUACUCGACACCGAGGAAGAGAAGGAGAAGCAGGAGCAAGAAGAAAGAGAAAACUGGUCGUGGAGGGAGGGUGAUUGGACUGGCAAGGAGCGUGAAAGAGAACUCCUGUUCCUCAAGUCGUUUGACAGCAGCUCAGACGCCCUCCCAGACUGGACAGAGCCCAAAGAUGGGGAGCUCCCAACUCCCUUCCUAGCAGAACUCCAGAGCGACAAUUUGCGCUACUGGGUCAAGGCAGCUGAGCUACGCUGGGACAUCAAGCUGGACGUUGACGUCAUGGGCAUCGUACAUGGUGACGACGAUCUAGCCUGGAAGAAGCUCGAUAUCGCCCUUCUCAAAUGGUGUCAAGGCGUUCGCGAGGAAAUCACCUUGGAGUGGCAGAAGCAGAAGAACCAGGCCCGGACGCCGACCCUUCAAAUCGACCCCAAUUACGAAACCCAUACAUCCACGAACGAAGGAAUGCUAUUCUCAAUGGAUAACCCUUAUUCCUCCUCCAUUAGCACUUUUCGCACAAACUUGUCCCUCAACUCCGCCGCCGACCACGUCCGAGUCUGCACCGUUGGAGCACACCACGGCUCCGUUUCUGUCGCCAAUUUUACGCACAUCUCGCACUUGUCGCAGAACAGAAAUACCGUGGCACAUCCCGCGUGGGCAUGGAUGCAUUUCGGCCCCAACAGCUUCGACGUAGACGGAACGAAGUGGCGUUUCCAGCGUAACCCAAGCGGUCUUGCCGGGUCGUAG